AUGAAUUUGCAGUAGGAAUGCGUGAAGAUGUUUAUGAAUAAGAUCUAAAUUUACCAGAUGGAAAUGAAUCAUUAUUUGUAACUAAACCAAGGUAAUGUUAUAAAAGCUUUUCAUCCUGAUCCAAAAACAGUUCCAAAAAAGAAAUUUCCAAGUGAACCAAAAACACAUAGUGAAAUAAGAGAUACAACUUAGGAAUUGAAUUCUUAAACAUUACUAAAGAUUUGUGCAGGACCAGUUAAAUUGGAAUUUGGUAAUAUAUUUGUAAAAUCUAUGGCAAUAAAGUAUUUUUAAGUACGAAAUGAAUUGCGGAAUUGUAUAUCUGCUAGAAUCUAUUCGGAUAAGGAAGAUUUAGCAUAUUCAUAUAUGAAACCUUAAAUUAUUCCAAGUGGAUAAACAGCUGGUUUUGAUAUUUGUAUAUGCUCUAAACAAUUAGGGAUGUUUAAAUCACAUUUAAAAUAUAUUAUAAAUGAAAAACACAUUUUUGAACUUUAGUUUGGAGCAAUCAUUGAAAAAGUAUUUUUAGAAAUGAGUAGAUAAUAAUUGAAAUUAACAUUUACAUAGAUAACGCAGAAAUGGAGACAUCUGAAAUAUUGAGAUUAAAUAAUAAUGGGAAUGCAGAGGCAAAAUUUAAAUGGAUAACAUCAGAAAAGAAGCUAUUCUAUGUUGAACCAGAGGAAGGAAUAGUAGCAUCUGGCAAAUAUUUGGAAUGUUAGAUAUUUUAUUGUCCAUCUUUUGGAGGAGAUAUAUAAUAUAUUCAAUAAAUAACAGGAUAAUAAUAAUAAUAAUAUACAGCAGCAAUAACAAAAACAGAAGAUGAAAAGAUAAUAUUAAAAACAGAGGAAAGUAUUGAUUAAAGUGUCAAAUGUAUUGGUAUGGUAACAGAACCAAAAUGUUACAGUUAAAUAAGGUUCGUUAGAUUUCAAGGAUAUUAUAUUAUGUAAGCCUGAGUCUAAAUUAAUUUGUACAAAAAAUUAUUCGAAAUCUACUGCAGUAUUUUUAAUUAAAUCAUAAAAUUGAAUGUUUAGAAAUAAUACCAAUGAAAGGUAAGAUUCUAUCUGAUGAAACUAAAGAUAUCUAAGUUAAAUUCUUUAGCAAAGAAGAGAAGACUAUAAAGGGAGAUAUUGUAAUUCAAAUUAGAGGUGGUAAAAUAAUUAAUAUUCCAUUCUCUGCUACAUCUAUUAUACCAAAAAUAGAAAUUGAAUAAGAUAUUUUUGAUUUUGGAAAUGUUACUACUCUUGGAACUAGUAAUUAAAUUCCCUUAACCUUUAUUAAUUCAUCUCCUGUGAGUGUUGAGUUAAUCUUAGAUUUAAGAACAUCAAAGAUAAUCCUAAAGCCCUGAUGGAAUUGAAUGUUUAGAAAUCAAACCAUAAGAUGAAGAAGAAAAAUUUAUACAUUCUAUACAUCCUGAUUAAGAAGAAGAUGAACCUAAAGAAGAAGAUCCUUUAGAUGAUAAUGCUAAUGUCUCUGAUAAUUCAGAACCUAUUCAAAUUGAAUCAAAAUAAUUCAAAUAAUACAAUAUAACUAUUGCAGGUGGUAAAACUCUUUAAUUUCAUAUGAGAUUUUCACCUAAGGAUGUUAAAUAAUAUUCUUUUGAUAUUCCUAUUACAUUGGCUAGAUAUGGUCCAUUAUCUUCAUUAAUGAGGAAAGUCAAAUGUAGAGGACUUAAACCUAAAUUUUUGGUAGAACCACAAUUAUUUGAAUUUAAAAAGAAAAUCAUCACAUCUCCAGAUAAAUGUUUUCCAACUGUUGAAGAAAUUAAAUUAUCAAAUCCAGAUAGAAAAGACGUUCAUUGGAAAAUUGAUUGUCAAUCACUUAAAUCUGAAAAAAUCUUUGCAAUUGAACCUAAUGAAGGUGUUGUUCCAAGUGGAUAAUAAAUUAAUAUUAGAGUUAAAUUUAAUCUCUAUGGUCCUGGAUCCUUCAAUGGAACAAUACAAUUGUAUAUUUUGGAAGAUCCUGAAAUUCCUUCAACAUUACCUUAUGUUGAAAUUACUAUGAGCGGAUCAGGAGCUUAUCUAAGAUUACUAUUUGACAAAAAAGAAGUAAUCUUACCUGUUGUACCUCUUAAUAUAUAAUCUAAAUGCUAUUUUAGGGUCAUUAAUGAUAGCUAUGAAAAUUUAAAUCUUAAAUAUAACUGGGCUGAAGAAAUUAGUAAUUUCAAUCUAGAAUUCAGAUUUCCUGAAGGUUCAACUUUAGGUGUUGCUAAAAAUAAAUUAACUGUUGAAGUUGUAUUCAGCAAUAAAAAACCAAUAAGUUUUACAACAAGAGUUGAAUUUAUUGAUGAAGCUAAAGUUUAUAUUAUCAAUAUAUCAGGUACUACAGAUAAUUGUAUUUUUACAAAUCAAAGCUUUUUAUGA